CGCCGGCGUCCUGCGGGAGCCCGUGUCCCUGGGGCAGUGCGAGCACGUCUUCUGCCUAUCUUGUGUGGGUGACUGUGUUGGCACAGAAUGCCCAGUGUGCCACGUGCCAGCCUGGGUGCAAGAUGCACAGAUAAACCGGCAACUAGAUAACAUGAUUCAGCUUUGCAGCAAACUGCGGCAUCUACUGGGUGCGGACACCUCAGAGUCAACAGAAGAUAAGUCUGCACCAGCUGACUCAGACUUUGGACAAAAGAAUAAGAAGGAACAGAUUAAAAUGUGGUUCAGCCCAAGAAGUAGGAAGAUUCGAUGCGUCCUGAACAAGAGUCAGCCCAAGACGAAAAGUGGUGACCUUUGUCAAGACACAUCUUCAAUUUAUGAUUUCUUUCCUUCCCCUCCUCAUGAAAAGCCCUCCAAACCAGCAAAAAAGCCAACACAGAGGCAGAGUAAGAAGAUGAAGAAGAAACGUCUAGCAGACAUUAACAAAGCGUGGAGCUUAGACAAUCCUGAGCAGAAAGGAGGAGUUGAGAAGACUCCAAAGGAAAAAUGUGUGACCAUCUGCAGUCAACCGGUAGUCCUGUGCACUGUGGAACCAAAUAGCCCUGAAGAGACACUUCAAAGAAAUUACAAAGGAGAGACUUUGCUCCAUGUUGCUUCCAUCAAGGGUGACGUAGCAGCUGUUGAACAGAUGCUGAAAAAUGGGGCAGAUCCCAAUGUUAAAGAUAAUGCUGGCUGGACACCACUGCACGAGGCGUGUAAUCAUGGGCACAAAGAAGUGGUGGAGCUGUUGCUACAAUACAAAGCGUUAGUGAAUACUACGGGGUAUCAGAAUGACUCGCCGCUUCAUGAUGCUGCCAAGAAUGGGCACGUGAGCAUUGUUGAGCUGCUGCUCUUGCAUGGUGCUUCUCGUGAUGCAGUUAAUAUAUUUGGUCUGCGGCCUGUGGACUAUGCGGAAAGUGAAAAGAUGAAGUCUGUGCUAAUGUUACCAGUGAAGAAUGAAUCAUUUUCACUUAACCAACCCUCUCAGGCUGUUCCAGCACUGAGCCCCAGCCAGCCGAGAGAUGGACCUCUUGGUAUACUGGGGAGCAACCUUAGUUCGGAGCAACAGAAAUUGCUGAACAAACUAGCAACAGUUCUGAAGGCUUGCAGGUGUACUGAAUUUAACAGCAGAGUAACUCAUCUUGUUAUUCCCGAUGCUCCAAUGCCAAGUACUGUCAAAUGUAUGAUGGCUGUUCUGACUGGAUGUUGGGUCCUCAAGUUUGAAUGGGUGCAAGCCUGUCUACAAACCAAAGCACGAGAACAAGAAGAAAAGUAUGAAAUCCAAGGUGGCCCACAAAGAGGCCGGCUCAACAGAGAACAGCUGUUGCCUAAGUUGUUUGAUGGAUGCUACUUCUAUUUUUUGGGAUCUUUCAACCGUCACCAGAAGAGUGAUCUUGUGGAGUUGGUCAAAGCAGCAGGAGGACAAAUUCUGGUUAGGCAGCCAAAACCAGACAGCGAUGUGACUCAGACAGUCAAUACGGUGGCAUACCAUGCAGAAUCUACCUCUGACCAGAGAUUUUGCACUCAGUAUGUAAUCUAUGAUGUGUCUUCUAAAUUCAAGCCGGAGAAAAUUCGUCAGGGCAAAGUGUGGAUGGCCCCCUCCAGCUGGCUUGUAGACUGUGUGAUGUCAUUUCAGCUCCUGCCUGACGUCUGGUCUGAUGAGGUAGCAGCGAAGCACCAGCUCCCGCUGGGUGUUGGAGACGCCGGGGCAGCGGCCGGCGAGGGGAGGGCUGGUACCCAGGCCUUUGAUGACGAGCAGCAGGGCUGCAGCAGGGGUUGCGACGUCUCGCGCCGAUGGGCGCUGGAAGCGUUGAGCAGCGCAGCCGGGAGAAGAGGAGUCAGAAAAGUAUUUGGUGGGGGGAGCAGGCGUGAGGCCGCCUCUUUGGGCAGCGAUCAGCUGCGGCUCGGCUGUGACGUGAAGGCCGUGGAAAAAAAACUGCUUGAUGAACUCGACCUUGACUCGACGGGGCCCGUGCGUUUCAGCAUGAAGCCUUAUUAG